AUGGGAAAGACAGAGGGAAAGCCAAAGGGGAAAAUGUCUUCUUAUGCAUUUUUUGUUCAGACAUGUAGAGAAGAGCACAAAAAGAAGCAUCCGGGAGAACAAGUUGUUUUUGCUGAGUUUUCUAAGAAAUGUUCUGAAAAGUGGAAGGCAAUGAGUGCAAAGGAGAAAAAGAAAUUUGAAGAGAUGGCCAGUAGAGAUAAAACACGUUUUGAAAAUGAAACUGCCAACUCUUCUGGUGGCAAAGGUGCUCGAGGAGGAAAAAAAAAGAAGAAGGAUCCUAAUGCUCCAAAGAGGAAUUUGUCAGCAUUCUUCUUCUUUUGCAACGAAGAACGCAGCAAGGUCAAAUCACAACACCCAUCAUAUACAGUUGGCGAGGUGGCUAAGGAACUUGGGAAAAAAUGGGAAGUGUGUGAGGACAAGAGUAAGUAUGAUGCAAUGGCUGUGAAGGACAAGGCUCGAUAUGAAAAGGAAAUAGCUGCUUACAGGUCAGGAGAAGAUGUUAAAAAACCAAAGACAGCAGUUCCAAGUAAAAGAAAAAAGAAGGAAGAAGAUGAUGACGAUGAAGAAGAUGAUAAAGAUGAUGAUGAUGAAGAGGAAGAAGAAGAUGAAAGUGAUUAA